CAUUCUGGAGCACUUCCAGCAGCAACGAAUGCAACCCGGCAGCUGGCUGGCCGCGUGGGGAGCUCCAGGUCUUCUGGCCUCGGUCAUUGUAGCGCUGCUGGUGUCCUUCUUUCGCGUGGCAAGAAAGAGUCGAACGUUCGUGUCAGAUCUAACUGGACGGGCCACGAGUGCCGGUACGAAGCAGUUUCUGGUGGUGAUCGCCCAUCCAGACGAUGAGAGCAUGUUCUUCCUGCCUCUUCUGCUCAACCUUCGAGCGCAUGCAACGUUCCAUCUCCUUUGCUUGUCCACCGGGAAUUACGACGGCCUCGGCUCCGUUCGCACAGAGGAACUUGCAACCGUGUGGAAGGUUCUUCGCUUUCACCCCGAUACCUUGACCACGUUGGACGAUCCGCGCUUCCAAGACGGCAUGAAGGCUGUGUGGGCUCCGGCCGACGUGGCAGGUGCCGUGGCGAAGUACGUGAAUCGCCAUAACAUCGACGAGAUCUUUACAUUUGACGACUACGGCGUGUCCGGCCACCCGAACCAUAUUUCUGUGCACUAUGGCGUGAAGCAUGCUUUGACCAACGGCCUCCUUCCCUCGUCGGUUCGCGUUUACCAGCUCGAGAGCACAUCGAUAUGGCGCAAGUACAUUGGGGCUUUGGAUGUGAUCUUCACAGCACCGUCGUCCGUGGUGCAGUUUGUGUCGUUCACCCCAUGGGAAAGCUACAACGCGAUGGCACUCCACUCCAGUCAGUUCGUCUGGUUUCGCCGACUGUUUGUGCUCUUUUCACGGUAUACGUACGUGAACACUCUCACGCAGGUGCAUCCAUCCGAUAAGAAGACAAAAUGAACGAGAUCUGAAGCGUUGUGGGAUGGCAUGGAAGGUCAAGGCGCAGCGCCGCGUCGAGAUCGACGCUGCGACGAAGUUGCCAUGCCGUUUAUGCAACAUGUGGUUCGCCGUUUCACUUUAUUACCAAUGGCAUCGCGCGAUCCAUCGUACCAUCACAUAAUUCGCCAAAAGAAAUGAUAUAUUAGCCAA